AUGAAGGGAUCAUUUUCCUUUUUUCAUUUCAGUUCUACUAGGUGCAAAAUAAUCACUGUGAUCGUGGCUGUUGUGGUUGCAAUCAUCAUUCUUUGUGUCGUUCUGAUCUUGGUGUUAGCCAAGGACAAAGAAGCGAAACCCACUACUGUAACCCCCACGCCCACAGAAUAUGUUCCACCGCCCCUACCCACAGGAGGUAAGCUGGUAAACACACUGAUCUGUUAAAAAAAAAAAAUAUGUUAGUAGUUCCUGCUAAAAUAAUUUUCCGAAAGCGAACUGUUUUCGUGUUUACAGAAAGUUGAUCACGUGACUUAUUAUUGAAAAAGAUCUAUUGCUCAUUUAUACAAAACACCACAACGGAUUAGCCUCAUACAUCGCUAUUCCAUAAAUUGUAUCUUGACUUUCCUUAGUUCCUGCCGGAGCAGACGGCCCUUAUGACCACGGGGUUGUUGCAGCUGAUGCAAGUUUGUGCUCUGAGGUGGGCCGAGAUAUUCUCAAGAAGAACGGGUCAGCGGUCGACUCUGCCAUUGCUACAUUAUUUUGUAUAGGCGUCAUCAAUAUGCACUCGGCUGGUAUCGGAGGCGGCGGAUUUAUGACGAUCUACAAUCGAAGCACGAACAAGGCGGAAGUGAUUGACUAUAGAGAAGAGGCACCUGGAAGAGCAAACGCUACUAUGUAUAUAAAUAGCACCCUUAAUUCCAAAUAUGGUAAGAUUCACAAUUACUGACGUGCAUUUAAUGCAUUCUCUCUUGAUUUUUUAUCUCUUUAUCUCUAGUUAUUUUUUUGGGCUUUAGCAGCGCAAUGCUACGAAUAUAGUAUUGUGUGUUAUAUCGGAGUUGACACAUACCAGGUACAAGCUAAAAUGAGACCGACAGCCUUGCCAAGUGAACGUAACCGAUCGAAUAGUCCAAACGAUCAGUUUUCCUGUUGCUACAUCCUGUCACCCUAUAUAACUGAGAGGAUUACAUCCAUGUUUUACAUCCGCAUGUCACAAUUAUAUUGAUUAUUUUUCAUUUAGUAUUGGCCAAAUCAGUGGAUAGCAAUUUUCGCGCGUUUUGUUUGGCUCCAGCGAUUCCGAAUGUCCUUGACAAUUGACUGUCUUUGCUUGGCUAGCUCGUCGUGGAUAACUGGAUGGAACGUGUCGCUCGGUCAUCUCAACGUAAAUGUCAUGACUCGAAGCGCGGUCUUGCCUAAAUUUUUUCACGUUCUUUUCCAGAUGGUUAAGCCUUAUUAUGUAAUCCACAUUCUUUUCUCACCUUAUUUUCUCAGUUAACGUUGUCAGGUCAAAUGCUCAUCAUUAUUUAUUUGCAUUCAGUGUAACUAUUCACAUGCAAAAAAAAAACAAUACAACAACAGUUAACAAUUAUUGGACGAGGUUAAGCAAGAUAUCGUGAUUUGUCAGAAGCGCAGAUCAAAAGGCUGAGGCAAAUACUGAUUAAUUAAUCUGCCAGACACUGACAAAUUACGAUGUUUUGCGAUCACCGGGUUUGUUUUUUUAUUGAAUAUUUUCGGGAAACGUAGCUAUUUGCCAUUUUCACGAAAGAUGCGAUCGCAAGCAGAAUAUUAUUUGCAGCCAAACACGGUUGGGCGACAUUGCGUACGAGCAGGCCAUUAUUUUUAGAGGGCAGUUAUUUUCAGGUAACGUGGUGGGUUCCCUACCAAUGAGAAGGGAGAAACUUUUGCAUCAAAUGAUAAUAAUCUUUAUUUUUCCUUAAUUCAAGUUUCCCAAAAGUGCACAGCCCGCAGGUAGCUAGUGCUAAUCCCCGACUUAGCGGGCUAGUCAAUCUGACAUGAAGAUGCCCCCAGUCGCCUCAUAAUUAUUUACAUGUACUUUGCUACAUUAUGGUCACAUUAUUCGCCCACUAUUCUUACAUGAUUGUCACAUUAUUGAAUCAUCAUUGAUUCUUACAUCGUUGUUUCUUCCCCCGUCGUUGGUACAGGAACAUCAGCGUCAGGUGUCCCUGGUGAAGUGAGAGGAUUUCGUAAAGCUUGGAAUAAAUAUGGUAGAUUACCUUGGGAGGAUCUUGUACAACCCGCUAUUGACCUAGCGAAGAAAGGGUUUCGUUUCGGCUAUCCAGCCCAUGCAGCAGCUAAUAGGUCAUCUACCUUACCCUAUAUCAAGAAAGACCCCGGACUGAGGUAAAGCAGUGGCUAUCUAACUUGUUUCCACACUCGAACCAUUAUUUCUGUGUUGUUCCUCUGCUUUGAUUUCAGUGUCGAUAGUACGUGAAGAAUUUUGGAGGAGUAUUAUGACCUUGCUAUAAACUGAAUACUUUCAGUAUUUGAAUACAUAAAAUCUAAUAAGAUUCCUUUUUUAGAUUGCUUAUAUCUUCCUAGGAAGGAAGAGCAAAUCGAUCAAAGUUGACUCACUGAAAGGAACCACCCGCAGGCUAGAUUUUCACGAUGAAGGACUUGAAUUGAGUGUUAGGUAUCCAGGACACCCACCCUUCCCCCGCUAAAAGAUUUUCCUGUCAUCCGUAAACAGAACGGAAACUAAAUUCUACAUACAAAGUACAUGACAGCUCAUUCUCUUUUGCUGGUGAUCAAACGUAACGAAACAGUCGGUUUAAGUAUAUGUUGCAGUUAAGUUUUUAUUUCAGGUAAUUUUUGUUUUUCUUUUGUUUUCAAUUAAAUUGAAAAAAAGACUGAAAUAAAAAAUUUAACUGCAACAUAUAUAUAUUUGGCAAACUGAAAAUAAAUACUUACAUGUAAUGAAUGAAUGAAUGAAUGGAUGAAUGAGUCAAUGAAUUGAGGGAUCAAUGAAAAAAGAAUGAAUGAAUGAAUGAUUGAAUGAAUGAACGAAUGAACGAACGAACGAACGAACGAACGAACGAACGAACGAGCGAACGAACGAACGGAUUAAAAACAAAACAAAAAUAUCCAGAACACUCCAGAUGGACGGAAGAAGUCAACUACAUGUAGAUCAGUUGUGUCAAGAACAUAGUGACCAGCUAGUCUGGGCAACAUCCUUGAGAGACGCGCAAAAAUGGAAUUUACUUGUUAAGUUGACGAAGAGCUGUUGCUAAAAAAAAUUGACUGAUCAUUAAUUACUUUCCAGCGAGCUUCUUAUAGACAAAGCGGGUAACUUGAAGAAAUUAGGAACUGUUCUAAAAAUGCCGAAAUAUGCAAGAACUCUGGAGACAAUUCGCGAUGAGCCGGAUAGCUUCUAUUCUGGUGAACUGGCUAAAAGUAUUGUGAAAGAUAUUCAAGACGGUGGAGGAAUAAUCACACUAGAGGACAUGAAAAAUUACACAGCCAAAGUUCGAACUCCGCUUUCUGAUACCAUGGGAGAUUUAAAGUGGUAUACUAACCCACCCCCUGGUAGCGGUGCCGUGCUUUCGAUGAUCCUCAACAUACUAAAAGGUAAAUUCUAUAUUAUUUUGUCAGUACACGAGUUAUAUAUAUGGACAACUGUUUUCUUUGUUUUUUCUUUACAUAGAAUGAAAUUCAUUAGUUUAAUAAGCUGUGAUUAUAGUGUGCUGACCAAUUCACGUGCAUGAACAACACUAUAGAAGUGAUGUAGAUUAGUCACGCAUUAUGGCCAUUAGAUGGAAGCAGUGACUUCUAGGAUUGUUUGGGUGGGCAACUGUUCAUUAUUAUUCGUCGAAUGGUAUUCAAGGCAACUAUUAACCAAUCUUAUUAUUCAUUCAAAAUAUUUCCCCGAUUCGGAUUGGCUAAAAGCACACGCAUAAUUCACCAUAACCAGUUACUGAUGACCAAAUUUGGAAGAAUUUUGUGUUUAACGAGGAAAUGACGUCAAAAAUGCAGCGUUCUUGCAGGUUAAUGAACCGUUAACCGAGAAGACCUGGGGACGAGGCUAAGUUGUUUUGGUUGUGAAAACAAAAGAUGGCAGACAUUUCACUCGUUUCAACAGUAAGAACUAGGCGAAAUUAUAGCUAAGAACGUGGCAAGAACAACAAGAACACAACUCGAAGCGCGACAUCUGCUAUUUGGAGAAUAUUUGCGGAGCUGAACAACCCUAAACGUGCACUAUCGAAGGUAAACUUAACAUCGAUGGAGGUAAGCAUGUUUUAGCUUCAUUUUUAAACUAGGAAUUAUUUUGAAUGAAUAAUAAAACGAUUAUUGAAUUCGGCUUUCGUAUCAUAUGAAGAAUUAUGGAGAUCUCGGAGGGUGUUAUCCCCCUCGGCCUACGGCCUCGACGGAUAACACCCAUAAUUCUGCAUAAGAUACUCAGCCUCUCUCAUUAAUUGUUAAAUAACUUAUGUUCACAAGUAAAACAUGGUCUUUAUAAAAUUUGUAACGGUCUGGGAUGGUUGCGACCCUAUCUGAAGUUGUUUGAGUCGGGCGUAAGCCAGACGAUCUUAAACGCCAAAGACAAAUGUUCUCAUUUUAUUUUAGCGAUCGCUGACAUGGCGUGUUUCUUUGACCUGAUUUGGGUGCGCAUGCGAAAAGGGCGUCAAGCAUUUAAGCCAGACGAUCUUAAACGCCACAGACAAAUGUUCUCAUUUUAUUUUAGCGAUCGCUGACAUGGCGUGUUUCUUUGACUUGAUUUUGGUGCGCAUGCGAAAAGGGCGUCAAGCAUUUAUCUCUCGUAUAUUGGACAAUAAGCCGAGAGCGUGUUUUACACGUAAAAGAAGCAAUAGUGGAUAAUGGAGAUUGAUCGCGUGAUCCAAACUGGUCUCCACUGGCCAUAGAGACUUCAAUUCCGCCUAAAGAAGCUCCUGCGAAAGAAGGGAAAGUACAUAUGACCGUCUGCAAUGUGAUUUUCUCUAGAACUUAACUAAUUUUGGAAUCAGAUUCCCUUGAACGCAUUGGAGCUGAAGGAACUUCCCACAGAGCAGACCGGCUUGUUUCGUCUGUUUAAAGUUUCCUCGUUGCGAUUCAAUUUUGCCCCUGUUUAAUUUUCAGUUUCCUUGUUUGUUUUUGGGUCGUUUUGAACAUGAAUAACAUAUUCAGUCGCACACUGAAAGGAAACGUACUCGCCCUACUCACUAAUAAACGUGAACCUUAUACAAGACAACCCGUCUCUAACGUUAUAUACAGGUUACAAUUUUACACAAGAUAGCCGCAAAGAUCUCAAUAGCUCGAUUCUGACGUACCAUCGAAUAAUAGAGGCCUUCAAGUUUGCUUAUGCGUACAGAGCACUCCUAGGAGAUGAAGACUACUGGGACGUGAGUGAGGUAAGAGGGUAAUAUAGGCUGCGUUCAUAAGGCAACGGAGGAUUUUUCGACCGGUUGAAAAUUUGUGCGUUUAGAUGUUCAGCUUAGACAAGGAACACGAAAAUUUUGUCGCCUAGCCGUCCAAAGUUUUAAUGAACUACUUCAAUGUCAAUAAUUCAACUUUAUUAAACAAAAAUUUAACCGGCUUUAUUUAGUCGAAACCCAUGUUUCUUAUAGCCCAUGUGACUUAUCAAUGUUUUCAACUGGUCGAAAAUUCGUUUAAUGCCGUAUAAACAUAACGAUAGACUUCUUCGCAAAAGUGCAGCAACGGUUAAUUUUUGUCACUCAGUACGGUUUUGGACCGUCAUUAGGGAAAGUAAAGAAAGCUCCUCUUGAAAUGCAUUAUUUGCGCUGAAGAGCUGGUUAAGUGACGGAGUAUAUCAUCGAGCAGAUCUGGCGAAAAAAGGAUAUAAGAGAGAAGUAAAUUUGAAGCUUACAAAAGCGUCCAUACAGCUCAGUCAAAUUUUUGCAAUUAACGAACUCUGAACAAGAUUAAUUAAUCUCUUUUGUACAAAUGAGACGAACAUUUCAAAGCUGUAUCCUUCACGAGUAAAAUGAAACAUAGACAGUGCAUUUUAUGCCAGCAAUUAGAAACAAAAUGCGUAAUGAAGUGUAAUUAUAAGAAUACCAAUUUAUGCACUGAAGCACACGUACCAACUCCGCUAUGGCUGCCACUGCCGGGGUGAUAUGGUUGUGCGCAUGCACAAGGUACUGGCCAUACCGCGGAUUUGGUACGUGUGCCGGUUCAGUGAAUAAUUUGGUAUUGUAAUUAUAAGAAUGGUAGUGUGCCAGUUUGGACGUGGCUAUGUCACGCUAUUUUCUUUCUUUUUUAAAACACUAAAACGUGCGUGUCCUUUCAUCAAUUAAAUUCCAAAAAUAAGGGUCUAGUUUUGUUAUACUUAAAAUGAUUAUGGUUAGUGCUCCCUGAUGAAAUUGUUUGAUAGCAUCUUCAUUACUCUACAUACAAAAGCAUUUGUGUAUUGCCAGUGAAGGCACUAAGUAAUGACAAGUCAGGAUCAGUCAGGGCAGAUUUGAUCUAGGACAGCAAGACCUUCGUGACUUAGCCACUUUACCAUGAAUUCCUCCUGCAUGCCCACCUGCAGUGAACUUUUGCUGGCAUCAAUCCUUACGAUGUGAUCUACCUCUUUCUUUUACCAGGUCGUGAAAAAUAUGACCAGUGGUAAGUAUGGAGAUUAUCUUCGCCACAAGAUUUAUGAUAACCGGACCUUUCAGGACUACAGAUAUUACGGAGAUUUUUACUCCAGUACAAAUGUUGGAGGGACUUCACAUCUUUCCAUCAUUUCGCCUGACGGGGAUGCUGUUGCUGCUACCAAUACCAUAAACCUUUAGUACGUAGGUUUGUUAUUCUUACAAAAUAUCCAGAAAGCAAACUGAGAACUCCCCUUAAAAGGUAGUCUGCUACACAGCCGUUUUUAGAGUCAUCACGCAACGCUCCUCCCCGGGAGGAGGUGGGGAGCAGCGUUGCGUGACGACACUAAAAACGGCUGUGCCGAGCAGACUACUUAAAAGGAGCUGUAUCAAGAAAUGUAUUAAAAUUGCCACCAAAACAUUACAAUUGCCAUUACAAUUGCGAUUUUUAUAAAAACUUGUUAGCCUAAGGUUUUGUCAAAGUUCACUUUUUGCUGUUCUGAUUUAUAACCCCUGACGUUCGAUAUGGUUUGAUAUAAUGCUUCGUGGACAUAUUUGUAUUACUCGAAUCCGUGAUUUUGUCUUUCACAAGUAAUUUCUUAAGUUGCCUACCCCCUUUCCCCGAGUUUCAACUUAUCAGUCUAUAUGUAAAAGGGGUUUUUCUUGACGACAGCACGGCGACCACACAUAAGUGCCUGUGAUCUAGUGGUUGUGGAUCGAAAGUCGACAGCUUUACAGGACCUACACAGGCUGAUUUUUAACGGUGUCGUAACGGAUAGAGAACAAACUCCUGGUGCAUGGUACUGUUGUCAUACGGCAAAAGGACAGUUCUACUUUGCUGGUUUUCGAAUCUUUUCAAGCUGUUGAACAACAGUUGCUUUCAAUUGGCUGAUCGUGUGAACAAUCAUGCUCCACAAGUCAAGGAUGCGAUUGAAGGAUUUCUAGUCUGAACUGGCGAAAAUUAUAGCUGGUGUCCCUUGUUUUGCAAUGUGUGAAAGCUGCUUGGUAGUACUUUUCUACAAUGGCACUAGUGUGUACUACUUGAUACCACAUAUGCUGUGCCGACUAAGACAACAAUUAGAAACUAAAUGUGAAGUGGCCCAUGCGUAAUUAUAACAAGGACACCGUGCACAACCAAUACUAAUAAUGAAGAUGAUAAUGAUGAUGAUGACGAUUAUAAUGAUGAUGAUGAUAAUAUUUGUGAUAAAAACAGUUCUGGCAAUGUCAGAUACUUUUCCUCUCAUCGACUCACCCUUCCACUUCUCCCCCCAGACCACCCCACUUAGGGAGGUGGCGCCCCUACUAUAUUGUACAUAUAAUGUGAAUGAAAUAACUGAGUAUUUGUUUUAAUUUUGUGUAACUAGUUACUUACUGAUUUUUUUUUUUCAUUUUGCCUAUCCGGCAGCUAUGGUUGUAAGUAUCGUUCUACUCGCACUGGUAUUAUCUACAACAACGAGAUGGACGACUUCUCUACCCCUGGUAAAAAGAACAAUUUUGGCGUCGAGCCAUCGGAGAGCAACUUUAUUAAAGCCGGGAAACGUCCAAUGUCUUCAAUGACCCCUUCAAUAUUUGUGGAUAGCAGGGGCGUUCCUCGUUUGGCGGUUGGAGCAUCAGGGGGCACACGAAUCACCACUGCUAUCUCAUUGGUGAGAUUUCUAGUGACUAUUUUCUUGACACCCUACGAACGCGGAGUUUGUCUAUAAAAAAUGUCUUAUAAGUAUUGUUUCUAAUCAACGGCCUAUUGUUUAAUGUGCGACUAUAGUACUUCGAUUGUGACGUCCUCAUACAUCCAAAUAUCUUGUUUAGGGCAGAGAGGACGAAUACCAUACUCUGUAAAGCGGCACAUCCCCGUAUAGGUUCCUUUAAGGGAGUCCCCCCUCGGGGGUAUGAAGUAUCCCUUCGCUCCUUUGUACUCUGUAGCCUUGAGUUCAACGUCUCGGUGAUGCAUGUAAUCUUCUUUUGAAGAUCUUCUUCUGGUGGGCCACAAAAAAACCCGACACAUCAAGUCGUUUAACAGUCGCUGAAAUUACACCUGUGAACAAGUAAAUUGUUUUUCCUUUGAACUGAAGAUUCAAUGAUUUCAUUUGAUGAUUUUGCCAUUUCUUUCCACCUGUUCAGGUUGUAAUGAAUUAUUUCUGGUUCGGCCGAAAUCUAUCGGAAGCUAUCUUGGACCCCAGGGUUCAUCAUCAGUUACUUCCGGACUACAUUCGCAUUGAUAAAUUCUACCCAAUAUCCAAAGACCUCCAAGCGGGACUACGAAGGCUUGGGCACAACGACAUUCAGGCAAAAACCAUCACCGCAGUUGUACAGGCCGCGGCUAUAGCUCCUGAUGGAAAAAUAUAUGGCAAGGCGGAUCCCAGAAAGAAAUCCUUUGCAGCAGGCUUUUAG